AUGCAAGAGACUCUUUCUUCACUUUUUACCAAUAUUUUUACUUCAUUUUCGUUCUCGCCAACUUCGUUUAUUACCUCGUUCACUUUCUCUCUAGUUUUUAUACAUUGUCUUUUCUCUUUGCGUUUUCCUUCCUCCUUUCGCCCUCUUUGCGCUUUCGCCCUCUUUGCGUUUUCCUUCCUCGCUUUCGCCCUCUUUGCGUUUUCCUUCCUCGCUUUCGCCCUCUUUGCGUUUUCCUUUUCCUUCCUUCCUCGCUUUCGCCCUCUUGCGUUUUCCUUCCUCGCUUUCGCCCCUCUUUGCGUUUUCCUUCCUCGCUUUCGCCCUCUUUGCGUUUUCCUUCCUCGCUUUCGCCCUCUUUGCGUUUUCCUUCCUCGCUUUCGCCCUCUUUGCGUUUUCCUUCCUCGCUUUCGCCCUCUUUGCGUUUUCCUUCCUCGCUUUCGCCCUCUUUGCGUUUUUUCCUUCCUCGCUUUCGCCCUUUCGUUUUCCCUCUUUGCCCUUUUCGUUUUUCCUUCCUCGCUUUCGCCCUCUUUGCGUUUUCCUUCCUCGCUUUCGCCCUCUUUGCGUUUUUCCUUUCGCCCUCUUUCGUUUUCCUUCCUCGCUUUCGCCCUCUUUGCGUUUUCCUUCCUCCUUUCGCCCUCUUUGCGUUUUCCUUCCUCGCUUUCGCCCUCUUUGCGUUUUCCUUCCUCGCUUUCGCCCUCUUUGCGUUUUCCUUCCUCGCUUUCGCCCUCUUUGCGUUUUCCUUCCUCGCUUUCGCCCUCUUUGCGUUUUCCUUCCUCGCUUUCGCCCUCUUUGCGUUUUUUUUUCUUCACCCCUUUCAUCUUUUUGUCUUAUUUUCCUCUCGUUCUCACGCCUGGAGUUGGCCCAAGGAAGAUAGGUGGGCUUUUUCUCUCUCUCUCUCUCUCUCUCUCUCUCUCUCUCUCUCUCUCUCUCUCUCUCUCUCUCUGCUUCAAAGGCAAGUAA